UACAGCGUCAGCAGCUGCACUGCCGCUGAACACGCGCUGAUCCUGGUCCUAUUUCAGUAGUAGUCUUCUAUAUAUUUGUCAAAAGAGCAGUAGAGCGAUUCUCUUUUCUGUGUUGCUGUGUGAAAUCUAACGGUGCAAAGCUGGAGCGAACGGUUCAAUGCCCGCAGCAGUUGCAGUGGACUGGGACAGAGCGGCAGCCGCCCCCCUGGACAGAUGAACUGGCCGAAAUGUCCCGACACAUAUACACCCGUCACGGUGUUGGCGACGGGCUACAAAAGCCUGUUUUUCAGGGUAACAGAGGGACCUACUCCAGACGCAGCAGAUUGAAGAGAUCUGAUGGCAGCACCACUUCCACCAGCUUCAUCCUCAGACAAGGUUCAGCUGAUUCCUACACUAGCCGACCAUCUGACUCAGAUGUGUCUCUGGAGGAGGAGCGGGAAAGCGGGCGGCAGGAGAAGGAGCAGCAGGCGGCGGUGCAGCUGGAGAGGGCUAAGGCCAAGGCAGUGGCCUUCGCUGUGAAGACGAACGUCAGCUACUGUGGAGCCCUGGAUGAGGACGUCCCUGUGGCUGGGACAGCCAUCUCCUUUGAUGCCAAGGACUUCCUGCACAUCAAAGAGAAGUACAGCAAUGACUGGUGGAUUGGUCGCCUGGUGAAGGAGGGCUGUGACACCGGCUUCAUCCCCAGCCCUCUCAAGCUGGAGAACAUCCGUCUUCAGCAGGAGCAGAAGCGAGGACGUUUCCACGGUAAGUCCAGUGGGAAUUCCUCCUCCAGUCUAGGAGACAUGGUCUCAGGCUCAUUCAAACCCAACCCCACCUCUGCAGGAAAACAAAAGCAGAAAGUGGCAGAGAACAUCCCUCCCUAUGACGUGGUGCCCUCCAUGAGACCAGUGGUCCUAGUAGGACCGUCCCUGAAGGGAUAUGAGGUGACUGACAUGAUGCAGAAAGCACUAUUUGACUUCCUGAAGCACAGGUUUGAUGGCAGGAUAUCCAUCACAAGGGUGACAGCAGACAUAUCUCUGGCUAAGAGGUCAGUCCUAAACAACCCCAGCAAGAGGGCCAUCAUAGAGAGGUCCAACACCAGGUCCAGUCUAGCGGAGGUACAGAGUGAGAUUGAGAGGAUCUUUGAGUUGGCCAGGUCCUUGCAGCUGGUGGUGUUGGAUGCUGACACAAUCAACCACCCAGCUCAGUUGAUAAAGACCUCAUUAGCCCCCAUCAUUGUCCAUGUUAAAGUGUCCUCCCCUAAGGUCCUGCAGCGGCUGAUUAAAUCAAGGGGGAAAUCCCAGAGUAAACACUUGAACGUGCAGCUUGUAGCAGCAGACAAGCUAGCACAGUGCCCCCCCGAGAUGUUUGAUAUCAUCUUGGAUGAGAACCAGCUGGAGGAUGCAUGCGAGCACCUGGCAGAGUACCUUGAGGCCUAUUGGCGUGCCACCCACACCUCCCUCAGCACACCCCUCAACCCUCUGUUGGGACGUAACCUGGGCUCCACUGCCCUCUCCCCGUACCCCACUGCCAUAUCUGGUCUACAGGGCCAAAAAAACAGGAACAGCAAUCACACACAAGAAGACCACACGCCCAUCGAAAGGCGCAGUCUGAUGCCGUCAGAUGAGAACUACCACAAUGAGCGGACACGCAAGAGCUGCAACCGGCUAUCCUCUGGGUCCAUGCCAAGCCGAAACCACUACCCCCUAGAGGAGGAGGACUACCAAGACCCUUACCAGGACUCCUAUAAACCUCACCGCAAUAGGGGCUCCCCUGGGGGCUACAGUCAAGACUCCAGGCACAGGCUUUGAGUGGACACCAUAUAAAACCUCGUUGACCCCCGCCCCAUUGUCUCCCCUCCUCUAAACAACAUUGGGGCAACUAUUUAGGCUCCAGUGCCAAUUUUUUUUCUUCUAAAGUGUAGCACCUCACUUCCCUUUGGCACUGGUUCCUACCAACGGGGCAUCUGGGAAAUCCAAUCUGGGAACAUAUCGUUUUUGUGGUUGUUGCAAAGGAUCAUUUUGUGUUGUAAAGAUAAUUGUUUAGGGGGGAUGCCUGAACUGGGAAGUCCUGU